AUGGUAGUGAUGACGGUGGUGAUGGAUAUCGCUGUCAGUGGUAGUGCUGGUGAGGGCAAUAUUUUCUUUACAGGAAGAUUAAAGGUUCUAGCGUUUUAUUCUGAAGAUUUGGUUAAAGGUGGAAUUCCGGUUAAGUUAACCGGAAAUUACCUGGUCGGCACAGAGAGCCGGUCGUUGGGUUGUGAUCUGAGCGCAAAAUAUGCUUGUUUUAAAGUGCUCUGA